AUGGCUUUUCUCAUCCCUGAGCCCCUGCGCAUGAUCCUGACCAACCCGGCCAUUCUGGACUUCUCGUCGGACGGACCAGUGCCUUACGCACUGCGCCAAAAGAUAACGGGCCGCCCACCGCCUCUGCCGGUGGGUCUGUCGCUGAUCUCAAAGGCCGUCCUGGUGACGGGAGCGACCGGGGGCAUUGGCCUCGAGGCAGCUCGCCAGUUAGCAGCUCUGGGUCCGCGUUCCCUGAUUCUCGGAGUCCGUAAUAUCCCCAAGGCGGAAAGGUUGAAAGUCCAGUUGGAACGAGAGCAUCCCAGUGUCCGUGUGGUCAUCUUAGAACUGAACCAGGAGUCGCUUGCCUCAGUGGAUACCUUUGUCGAUGAGCUCUACAGCAAUGAGACUCAUCUCGACAUCGCCAUCCUUAACGCAGGAGGCCUGGUUCGGGAGUCUCGACUAACAGUGGAUGGAUACAGUCCAACCCUCCAGGUCAACUUCAUCAGCACUGCCUAUCUCAGUCUCCGACUCCUUCCCAUCCUUCGCACCGCUCACUCAGAGAGAGACUCCCCGAGCCCCAGCAUCGAGUGCAGUAGCAGUGGUGGCCGCCUAGUUCUGGUUGGCUCUGAGGGACACGCAUGGACAACAUACAUCACCAACCCCACAGACGCAUGCCUACUAUCAUCAUGCCGACAGGCCCCUUCCCCCAGCACUAGUGAAGAGCAGUACUACCGUAGCAAGCUUUUCCUGUCGUUAAUCGGACGGGAACUAGGCAGGCGGCUAGAUAGACGGGAAGUCACCGUCAUAACCACAACUCCUGGGUUCUGUGCGUCCAACUUCUUCUCCGACCAGGCCGGCCUGUUAACGCGGCUAAUUAAGCGGACCACUGCUCGCUCUGUACAACAGGGAGGCGCUCUGCAUGUGCACGCCGCGACGACUGAUGGGAGGGAUAUUCAUGGGGGGUAUUUACGGGACGGAAAGCCGACUUUGUUGUCUAAAUUUGCGCAGGGGUCUGAAGGAGAGCUGCUCCAACAGCAGUUGUGGGAGGAGUUGCAGACGCUGUUGCGUCAGCGUGGGUAUGAGAUAUGUAUCUGA